CCAAAAUACAAAACUCGCCCUUGUCAUGUGACAGGGGUCAAACGUACAAGCUCGACUUCACUCCUCUGGAUGCACUGGUGAGUGAGUGUACGCUGUGAUCCUUCUCACUCACGAUGGACCCAGACAUUAUUAAAAUGGAGGAGGUAGCGGUGGAGGAGGAGACGACGGCACCCCCGACUGAGCUGGCCCCCGACGGCCCUGCAGAUUCCUACACCACUAUCAUAAUCCAGGAGCCCCCAGCGACAUCCAUCGUUCAACCUUAUCAGCAUGAGAACCUGCAGUGUUUCCAGUGUUUCAUCACCUUCUGUAACUCCAAAGCCAAGGAGAGGCACAUGAAGAAGAGUCACCGCGAGGAGUACAAGCAGCAGCUGCAGCAGUGCGACACACUUUUUACCUGCUAUGUGUGCGACCGCACUUUCCCGUCCUCCGAGCUGCUCACACAACACCAGGCCUCCCACAACAAGGAAGACAAGCCCUUCAAGUGCCCCCACUGCCAGGAGAGCUUUCGCACCUUCUCAGAGCUGACGUCCCACCGGCGGCAGGUGUGUCCGGAGCGGCAGUUUGUGUGCAAGGACUGCGGGGAGACGUUCCGCGGCCCCGCCCUGCUGCGCAGCCACCGCCUGACGCAGCACGCCCCGCGGCCCGGCCAGGAGCAGGAGGCCGGGGACGACCUGGCCAAGACCCACCGCUGCGGGAAGUGCGGCAAGGGCUUCGAGGCGGAGGCCCAGCUCCUGCAGCACCAGGAGAACCACGCCGGCGACCGCCACUGCAACGGCAGCGCCCCCGCCAAGAGGCGCGGCCGCCCGCCCAAGUCCGAGGAGGUGGCGGGGGCGGGGGCGGCGGCGGCGGUGGCGGCGGACGGCGAGAAGAAAGGGAAGCGGAGGAAGAAGGGAGAGGGGGAGGAGGCGGAGGAGUCCGGGGUGAAGAAUCACGCCGAUCCGGACGGCCCGGCGGAAGAGAAGGUCAAAGCCAAGCGCGGCCGCCCCGCCAAGGCGCCGCAGGAGCCCCAGGCCCCCCAAGGCCCCGGCCAGGACCGGCCCGCGGAGGAGGAGAGGAAGCCGCCCGCUCGCCAGCACCCCUGCCCUGACUGCCAGCUCUCCUUCCCGGCCGCGGCCCAGCUCCGCGCCCACAAGAAGGAGAAGCACAGCCGGCCCCCGCCCCCGCCCCCGGCCCGGAAGGCGCACCCGUGCGGGGAGUGCGAGGAGAGCUUCGCUCGGCCGCUGCAGCUGCAGGCCCACACGGCCCGGGCGCACUGCGCCGGGCGCCACGCCUGCCCCACCUGCGGGAAGAGCUUCGGCAGGGAGAGCAACCUGAAGGCACAUCUGCAGACACACGCCGAGGAGGAGGAGGAGGCCCCGGCCGCCAAGAGAUAAUUUGACGUGGGGUUUUAACUUCCGUAACGGACAGGGGUUUAAAAACAAAAAAAAAACAAAAAACAAAAACAAAAAAACGGGCAGUGGUUUGGGGUUUUUGGAGAUGUGACUUACCUUAAGUGGGGCUUCGGAAGAGAUUGGUUGGGCUGUGCAGAUGUUAGUGUGAUCCAGGAUUUUAAUGUACAUCAAAAGUUUUCCUUAUCUGUUUUUUUUUUUUUUCUCUUGGGACAGGUUGGGACUGUUUUUAAUGAUUAAGGAAGGGGUUCUUAGACUUUUUGAACGAGUUGGCUAUUUGAGGUGGUAUUUGCUUGGAAAAGAUUUGUGGGUUAGGUUAAACCCUUGGCCUGAAAUUGUGCCAUUUUUUAAGUGUGGCAGUUGGAUGUGCUUCUCAAUAUGACAAAUUUACUGACUGAUGAAUAGAACACUUUUCUAACAUUGUAAUUGGAGAUGUACAGUAAAUACACAGGGGUGCCUACAAUGCCCAUGUAGAGAGGGAGUUAAACAUUUGUAUUCAUUGAUUUGCCUUUUUUAUUUUAAUCAUGUUUGUGUGUUUUUUGUUUUAUAUUAGAGGUGUGCGUGUGGGUGAGGGGAUAAAUGGCUUCCAGAUUUUAUCAUUCUUGGAGCAUUUAAUUUUUUCCCCUUUUAAGUGAAAAGAAAAAAAGAAAAGUAUUUAACCAUUUCUGUAGUAUGACAUCACAGGGGCCCUAAAUGCUUUCAGUCUACAAAGCAAAUUGAAAUUUUUAAGUAAGAUGGAGCGAGACCUGCUCUGUAAAAUUAUUGGAUUUUAAACUGUGCGAGAAUGUAUAUCCAGUCAAUGUGGGAUUCAAUGGGCUUAGUUUGAAGAACUAUGAAUUUAAAAAAGGAUUGUGAUAUUAGAAAAUUAUUUAAAUGAAUCUUUUUUUUAAAUGUAAUUUUAAAUAUGGAAUAUGGAGUGUUUUUUUUUUUUUUUUUUUUUUUAAGCAAUUUUAAUGGUCAUUUGGUUGAACAAUUGCCUGUUUUUUUUAAAAAUGAUGGUCAUUUUAAUGGUCAUUUGCGUGUGAUGGGGAGAAUCUCAUUUUACCCUCUCUUAGCCAUGGACUUAAGUGCAUUUUGCUUGCUAUUCUGCAUACUGCUGACAACUGGACCAUCAAAAUGGGUUUUGAUUGUUAAUUGCUGAGACCUGUAACUAAUUUCUCCCAUCUACACACCCCUUAGAACUCUUUCUAUUCCCCAUCAUUCCUACACACUGUAAAUUUUCAAAUCUUUAGAAUGUUCUUUAAAAAAAAAAAAAAAAAAAAAAAAAAAAAGCAUUUCAGUGGGAAUAUAUAAUUGCCAUGUUAUGACUCUCACGAGUCUGAAGUGAACUAUUUCUUUGCAGGAAAGAAAAGCAAAUUCUCUAAACAACCUGUCAGUUUAGUAAGUUAGGGUUCUUGAUCUUUUUGUCUUUGAUUUUUAACACAUCUGGAUGUAUGCAAAUUUAGUCUCUUGCCAUUGUUCGUAUGUUGUAAUUAAAGAAACUGGGCCCUGG